CUCUUGUUCAGGAGUGAAAGCUUUGUCUUUGUCUUGUUGCGAAGACUCUGGUCAAGUGACUGAAGAGGAAGGACAAAGUGUGUGCAGCAGGAUAUGACCGAUCCAACUCCACCGCACUUUCUUCUGGUAAAGAUGGUCUCCAAGUCUUCCGUGUGACACUGUUGUAGGAGGUCACUGUUGGAGUUCUUCUUGGGGCCAGAAGAUCCAUCUGACACAUGUAGUGUGGAAUACAGACAGCUUGGCAGUGUCACACUUGGUUAUGUGCCAGCAUUCUGAUCUCUAGAGACGGGUUGGCAGGUCAUAUAGUUUGAGCUUGGUGUGAAGGCUGGACUGAGUCGAUCUCCAAACGUUGUUCAUGGAUCUCAUGACAUUACUGGCCUUGUUCAGUAUGUUCUUGAUGUCAUUCUGUCUGACAAUAAGGUCUGUGCCAUUAGCUGUCCCCGGAGCAGACUCGCUGAAAUCGAGGUUCAUGACCUCAGUCUUCUUCUGGUUUACUUUGCAACAACAGAGAACUCGAUGAAAGCACUCAGAGAAGAAGUAUGAUGUCCCUCUCUACUAAGGACAUCAGUCCUCUACUGUGUAUUCACAUGGGUGAUGUUGCAUAUUGGCCCCGUAUAGUGUAGCUGACAAUGGUCUCAAACAAACACUCUUGGACUGACACUCCAAUUAAAACUCUAAAUUAUGCGAAGUUCUGGAACGCACUGAACCAAAGCAGUCGUGACAAAGAGAACUUCUCUGUCUAACCACUCUAUUCCAUUAGAAGCUGACCCAGUUUUAUUUGGAUGCCGUGCUGACCUGGAACUUCAUGAAUAAUGAAGUGACACAGCGGCGGAGCAAACAGUGAACGGGUGAGCAGCAGGUCCAAAGUUUCCACGCAGCUCCCGUCCCUCGCUCCUUCAGAGACAACUGACAGCAAUCCCUCACAGAGCACGCUCUACAAAGUUAAAACUGUUAAUAUUUUAUCACGCUGAGAAGAAGGUGCAGAAACUGAUGCAUUAUGGAUGGACUCAGAGAGAGGGAGAGAGAGACAGAGAGAGGGAGAGAGAGACAGAAGGGGGAUGAUUCACUUUCUUGUCAGGGUCUCUUUCGUCAGCAGCUGACCUCUGGAAAAUAACCUGGAAAUCUAAAAUGGAUGAUCUUGAAACCCUUUGGAAAAUAGGCAGACAUCAACAUCUCUCUUUCUCCUCCACCUCCUCCUCUUCCUGCUGCUGCUGCUCCUGCUGCUGCUGCUGCCUUAAAUAAAAGAAGAAAAAGAAAGAGAAUGACUAAAGAAAAUGUUGCUUCAUAUCUGUGUGAGAAAGUAAAGAGGCGACAGAGACUCGUUCACUCUGACUUAUCCAGCAACUGUGGGAGAACACAGGAGAUUUAUACAUAUAAUUAUACCGAAGAGAGGAGAGGAGAGGAGAAGAGAGGAGAGGAGAGGAGAGGGCAGCUAGUUGUAGCUUUUUGACUUUUAACUGAGAGUGGCGAAAAGGACAGGAGGGAGUAAAGAGAGAGGAAGAAGAAGAGUUGGGGGAGGAGAGAAGGAGGACGAUGAAGAUGAGGAGCAGAUUGACUCCAGAUGGACUCUCGAUUCAUUAAUGAAAUAUGCACAAGUCUCAGUAAUUCACAACAGGAAGCCCAAAUAUGGACGCGAAGGUGGUCUCCCAGGAAAUGGCAUUACUUAGCAACAUACUGGCAGCUUACAGCUUUGUUGCAGACCAACCCGAGCUGACAGCACUGGUGUUUCUGGGAGGUGUGAGUGUUGGCCUCCUGGUCACGCUCUGUGCCAUUGUCUUCCAGAUACACUGUCGAGCAGACUGCAACUACGGAAACAGUCACAACCCUCGUCACCGUCACAGGCACAGGCCUCAUCGGCAUCACCAUCAUCACAGCUGUCCCCACCAUCGGCCUGAGGACAAUCGUCCAGACAGCACUGCUGUCGUGGUGUCGGAUGGAACGAGGCCUGCCGGCGACAAUGAGUCACAGGACUGGGAUGACACUGCUGACCUGUCAUCACAGCGACGCAGACGCUUCGAGAGGGCUCUGCUUCACGCCACCACGUUCACAUCAGCUGAGGAUUUAGACCACGCCCAGCGGCUUGAAGAGCGGGAGAGGAUUCUCAGAGAGAUCUGGAUGAACGGGCAGCCAGACAUCAAUACUGUCACUCAGAGCCUCAACAGAUAUUACUGACACAGAUUCAGGGAGGCGGGUUGUCAAAGACACAUGAAGAUGAAUUAAAGAUGAAAUAACAGUCAAAUAAAAUGGAUAAAUAAUGAAAUUUAACCGUUGGUCUACACUGCACUGUGACUGAAGAUGACCCGGUCUGGAACUGUUCUAUCUACAGUGUAAACAACAAGGAAAAGACAUGAGCUGUGAUGGUUCAAUCCUCCAGUUCGGGAUGACACUGAUGACACUGUGGAAUAAUCCAUUGGUGACCUUCAGAGGACGGAUUUUCAUUUCUAAUGUUGUAGAAAGAACCACAAAGACAUAAAAGUUAUUUGCAACAACAGCUCUAACAUUAUUGUUGGUUAAAAAAAACAACUGUACAAGGGAUUUUAUAUUUUUAUUCACUGUGUCUGAAUUCAAAUGUUGAUGACGUUUGCACUUUUCUCAAACUUUAAAAAAAAUGCUACAAUCCACCUUAAAUACUCCUCGAAAGAUUUACUUUCAUAUCUAUAAUUAUUAAAAUACUAAUUUCACUUACCCAAAAAUAGAAAUAGAGAAAGUGGGGUAUAAAUAUAUCCCUGUGGUACAUAUGUACAAUUGUCUGAAAAAAACCUUACAUUUUAACCUAAAGGUGAAUCUAGCAUUUUUAAACCUUUUAUAAUGGUACAUAUUUGAAUAAAGCUGGUUGAAAUACAAACAUCUCAAACCUCUGGACAAUGUUUUCAGAACGUUCUCCUUUAGUUGUUCCCUCAACGUUUAGGAAACAUUAGGCCAGACGCCUAAUGACACAGAGGAAAUGUUCUCUAAACGUUCGUUUUUGGUUUGUGUCCAACUAACCUUAGGAGAACCAUGGGCUAACGUUCUUUUAAUGUUCUUGUGUCAGUAGGGUUAGCACUUGUGUCUCACAACAAUUUUAAGCUCUGGUUCAAGUGUGGCCUUCCUGUGUGGAGUCCGCAUGUUCUCCCUGUGUGUAUGUGGAUUUUCUCCCACAUCCUCCCACAGUGAUGUGCAGAGUUUAUAGUGAACUUAUGUUUAAAUGUGAGUGUGAAAGGUUGUUUGUCUGUAUGUUGGCGCUGUUAUCGACACGGAGACAUGUCCAGGUUUUACCAGACUGGCUCCAGCUCCAGCUCGAGUGGCGUCAGGAGCCAAUAACUACAGUAGUAACCACUUUAUAAGAUUAAAUAGAAGGGAAGACUAACACUAUUUGGAAGGGACAUAUGCAAACUGGUGCUUUUAUUGCUGCAACUUUUCUUCACUAAAUAAAAGAGAUGAUUGAGAUAUGGCGGCUGGGAGUAAGGAUAACUAGUCCGAAGCUUCUGCUGUACUUGGGUUCUUUCUGUAGGCUGGAAUCAGGAGCUUAUUAUAGCUGAAAUGCUGUUGCACAUUUUGGACAUCAGGUCAUCUGAGAUGACAGUGCUGCCUUACUUUGUUUGGCUUCUGUGGUAAAUGAAUAAAUCUUUAUUCCUGUG